AUGUGUUGUAUUCUGAUUUUGAUUCUCUUGGUUUCUGUAACUUUUGGCUGUGCUCCACAUCGACCAAGUAGAGCAUUUGGAACUACCACAAAUCAUCAUCAUCGAUAUAUCAAUAAUUAUUAUACAGGUCAGCCAAACGAAAAAAACACGAACACAUCGAUAUAGUCAAGGAAAAUUGAACUGGUUUUCUCGUCGCAUCGGUGGUUCAGUGGUAGAAUGCUCGCCUGCCACGCGGGCGGCCCGGGUUCGAUUCCCGGUCGAUGCAAUUUUUUUUUUUUUUUCAAAACUUUAAAAACAUAAUUUUUCCAGAUAACCGAACGUAUUAUGGCUCCAAUGAAAACCAAAAUUUAAAGACAGUAUCCUCAACUCUGAAACCAACAACAGAAAAAAUCCCAGAAACUGAAAGCGAUUGUCAAACUUGCACAACACCUCCAGAAUAUCUGGUGAACUGUGAGAAUUGUGCCAACUUGGAAUUAUCCGAUCAAUAUGAAUAUUAUGCGUGUUCAGCGAUAAAUGUAAAAUGCGCAGCGAAUUCAGUUUCUCUGAAAAUAUCAAAUACAUAUCAAUAUAGUUUUGAUUUUGGCGAUUCGUCGAAAGAAGUUCCAUUGACGUGUCAGAAAGGUUUGGAUGACUUUUUUUUUGAAAAUAUAAAUAAUAAUAAAUUCUUCCAGGUAAAUGGAUCUACACAAAUUCCGACAAUUCUGCUAUAAAUGUGGAAGUUCUCAGCUGCUUGACCAGCUGA